AAAUUUCCAACUUUCUUCCUCCUUCACACCUAUGCUCCUGUUUCCUUGAAGUGAUCUUUUUUAUUUUAUUUUGGGAAAUUGGGAAAUCGGAUACACCGCAGAUCCGGGGAUGUGCUAGGAGCGAAUUGAAUCGCACACAACAACCAAGAGAUUGACUACCCUCGACGAGCCCACGGAGCCCCCCCGGUGGCCAUUCUUCACUUACUCUUCUUCUUCUUCUUCUUGAAACGCCUCGAACCUCGCCAACUCCACAACAGCCAACAUGCAUAUUAAGUCCAUGCUCGACGAGACCCGGAGGACGGGCGAGCCCUCAUUCUCCUUCGAGUAUUUCCCGCCCAAGACCGCCCAGGGUGUCCAGAAUCUCUACGACCGUAUGGAGCGCAUGUACCAUUUCGGACCCAAGUUCAUUGACAUCACAUGGGGUGCCGGCGGCCGUAUCGCUGAGUUGACCUGCGAGAUGGUCCUCCAGGCCCAAUCCAUCUACGGCCUCGAGACCUGCAUGCACCUGACUUGUACAGACAUGGGCCUGGAGAAGGUCAAUGACGCCCUCCGCAAGGCCUACAAGGCCGGCUGCACCAACAUUUUGGCCCUGCGCGGAGACCCCCCGAGAGAGCAGGAGAAGUGGGAGGCCACCGAUGACGGGUUCCGCUAUGCAAAAGACUUGGUCAAGCACAUUCGUGCCACCUACCACGACCACUUCGAUAUUGGUGUCGCUGGCUACCCUGAGGGCUGCGACGACAACAAGGACGAGGAACAGCUGCUGGACCACUUGAAGGAGAAGGUCGACAUGGGUGCCAGCUUCAUCGUCACGCAAAUGUUCUAUGACGGCGACAACUUUGUCCGCUGGGUUGGCAAAGUCCGCGAGCGUGGCAUCAACGUCCCAAUCAUCCCCGGCAUUAUGCCCAUUGCCACGUACGCCAGCUUCAUCCGCCGCGCCAAGCACAUGAACUGCAAGGUCCCCGAUGACUGGAUGGCUGCUCUUGAGCCCAUCAAGAACGACGAUGUUGCCGUCAGAGAAGUCGGAAAGGGCCUUGUUGCCGACAUGUGCCGCAAGAUUGUUGCCGCCGGCAUUCACCAUUUGCACUUCUACACCAUGAAUCUCGCCCAGGCCACGAGAAUGGUCCUCGAGGAGCUUAACUGGAUGCCCACAAGUGAUCGUCCCGUGAAGCAUGCACUGCCCUGGAAGCAGUCGCUUGCUCACGGCCGCAGAGAGGAGGACGUGCGCCCCAUCUUCUGGAAGGGCCGCAACAAGUCCUACGUGCUCCGCACUCAGGACUGGGACGAGUUCCCCAACGGUCGCUGGGGUGACUCUCGGUCUCCCGCCUUCGGUGAGCUGGAUGCCUACGGCAUUGGCCUGACGGGCACCAAUGAGCAAAACCGGAAGAAGUGGGGUGAGCCUAGGUCCAUCAAGGAUGUCGCCAACAUCUUCGUCCGUUAUCUAGAGACGGAGCUUGAUUCACUCCCGUGGAGCGAGGCGCCCCUGACCAGUGAAGCGGACCCCAUUCGGGAAGAGCUCAUCGGGUUGAACAAGCGCGGUCUGCUCACUAUCAACUCUCAGCCUGCCGUUGACGGCGUGAAGUCGACUCACCCCGUGCAUGGCUGGGGUCCGGCAAACGGUUACGUCUACCAGAAGGCCUACCUCGAGCUCCUGGUUCAUCCCGAUGUGUACGCCGAGAUCGUCUCCCGCGUUGAGAAGAACCCCGAUAUGACUUAUUACGCCACUACUAAGAAUGGCAGUCUGAAGUACAACGCAACACACGACAGCCCCAACGCCGUCACCUGGGGUGUCUUCCCCGGCAAGGAGAUUGUGCAGCCGACCAUUGUCGAAGGUAUCAGCUUCAUGGCUUGGAAGGACGAGGCCUUCCGUCUCGGUAUUGACUGGGCACACUGCUUUGAGGCUGGUACUCCCAGCAGAGUGCUGAUUGAGCGUAUUAUGAAUGAGUGGUACCUCAUCAACAUUGUCAACAACGACUUUCACCAAAAGACGGCCCUCUUCGACAUGCUCGAAGGACUAGAGGUGAAGGAAUACGCCGAUAUCCCUGCCGAGCCCCAGACCAAUGGAGCAGUAGAGACCAACGGCAACUCUAUCUCAGCCACCGCCAACUAACGGCUAUUUCUGACUUGUGUUUAACACACACCCCCCUUUUACUAUUUUCUAAGUAUGCAUCAUGAUCGGCGUUUUCAACAGGGCAAAGGGAUGGGCGGGGGUCACUAUGUGUUUUUUCAACAAAAAGGCACUGUUUACACGCAACACGGAUUCACCCACGGCAUUACAAGCGGCCAAUGCAUCAGUGGAGGUGAACUGAACGAAAUCUGACAUAACACCCAUGUCAAAAAAGAGAAGAGGAAAGGGAAGGGCUAGCAAAGGAGCAACUGCAUAUAUCUCAACGAUACCCCCACAAACGGACCAUGACUUUUUUUUUCCCCAACGAAAAAAAAAGAAGGUUUAGGAAAAUCACACACCACACAAACACCAGAGGAGUUCAACACGGGUUUUAUUAUUUUAUAGAUGAUUUAUUUUUUUCUCCUUCCACCGCUCAGGAUUUUCUGCGUUUUUGUAGCGGCACACCCUGUAUGCUAUAAGAUGGGGAGAUGACGAUUGAGACGCAGAAUGGAAUGAUGACGAUCAGGAGGUGGGAGACGAGGAUGAGAUGGGAUGCAGUGGACUGGAGAGGCGGCGGACGGAGAGGGAUUCCGUUGGCUACGAGCCUUAUCUAGUCUCGUAUCAAAGCCGAAUCAACCUGGGCUUCACUAUUCCCCCACCGCUUAUACAUCUACAUACCUACCUAGGUAUUCAUUGGAACUGAUUUCCAUGACUGGUGAUCCGCCUAGCUAGCCGCUAUUUUCCGCUAAUGUGAGGCUAUGUUUUGUCUUGAUCGUCGGUCAGAAAACAAUGCACGCCCAGCGUUUUCGGCGCAGGAAGAGGGAAGGGCUUUAGGAGUCUCCUAGUUCAUUUCCGCGUAUCGGUCUCUACCCCUAUCGCAAAUAUCUGGUCGAUGGCAGGUGUGCGGCAGCAAUACAUCGUAUUCCUCUUCUCCGCAAAUACCACCAUCGCUUGGAGUAGAUCAGCGAAGUCGUCCAUGUCCGAAGCCUUCCAACCUAUGUCUCGCAAGAUGGAGCUUCUGACCUAUGAUUUUCAAGCUUCUCAAAUGGCAGUACCAUGGUCCGCAAUGGCAUGCUCGCCCUUCUGGGCCUCGCAGUCGCACCCAAAUUCCUUCCUGAAGGUCUCCACCGCCAUAUCACCCAACUGUUCGAUCGCCGCCUUCGCGGCCGCGAUCUUGGCAUAUCUUCCACUAGCCGCCGCCGCGUGAAAGUAGAUUUGCCCGUGCAGUACGACGCCGCAGAGAAUCUGGGAACUGGUGAUGGCGGCGGCUCCGCCCUCUUCGACGGUUGGCGCGACUUCGCUAACCAUCAGGCGCCACUCCUGACAUCCAAAGCCGUCUUGCAGGAUGUGGGUGAGGUUCGUGACCGGGUGACGGCUGGCGAAAGAAUCGUAUAGCGCCAUGUCCGUGAAGAAAGGCCGGAUGUGCGUGUCGAAAAAUACGCGGACUUGGCUGUAAUCGUAGCCCGAGUCGAUGAAGAUGGCGCCAAUGUAGGCUUCGACGACGUCGGAAAGAUACUUGGGCGCGUGCUGAACAUGGAUCCAGUAAGCUUGCGUGAAUGUCCCGUCAGCUUCCCCGUCUUUCUUGGCGCUCUCAAGCGAGACGACAAAGUCAUGGGUCUGAUUCAGCAGCGACGCGUGACCAGAUAGGACGUGCUUGUGAAGGCCAAGCUUGACGCAAAGACUUGCCAGGAAUUGAUUGCUGACCAUGGCUGUCUUGUGCUCCGUGAGCCACUGAGGAUCAGCAUCCGGGAACUUGUGGAAGAGAAAGUCCACGCAAACCAUGUCAAGCAGGGCGUCACCAAGGAACUCCAGACGCUGGUAGUCGGGCAGAUUCUCG